CGACCAAACAUGGUGGGUGGUAUGGAACUGGGAUUUUACGCUAAAACAGAGAUUGUGAAAGAUAUAAUAGAGAUUUUGCGAUAUCCAUAUAGCCACCUUCGAGUACGUCUCUAUGAACCACCCAUAGCUUUGAUAGGCACCAGUGACGUCGGCAGUCUGAUUCUGCAUAUGCAUCACUGUAUGCUCGUCACUCACGGAAAAAGGUCUUCCUCAUCCAUCUCGCUUCACUCACGCUUGUUAUUCCUCUUGGAUGUUAUUGCUUCACGCUCAACCACUGAGAGUCUGUCCAUCAGAAGGUUUGAAAACAGUGCGUGCUACCAUAAUUCUUGGGAGUGUGGCGUAGUUGGUAGCGCGUCCGCUUUGCAUGCGGAAGGUCUCUGGUUCGAUCCCUGACUCUUCCAAACUUUUUGUGAUACCAAACUAUGGAUAUAAUUUUUUUUCAAAUAAGGCAUUAGUAGCUUUAUUACCUCCCUGUGCUUAAUACUGGAAAGGUAUGGCGUUUUUGAUGAGUGUACUCAAAUUUCCCAUAUGGCUAUCCCGUGUAAGAGCAACGCAAAUACAAAAUUGGGUCUUGGCUCACACCGUACUCUCCUCGACUCUAAUCUGAACGUGCCUUCACUAUUAGUGAGAAGCAGACUGCCUUGUAGACUGAACAGCAAUGCUUUAAAUAUACUAAUUAUUCCCCAUAUAAAUCAUAGCACUCAAACCACUCCCCAUUCUGUUUCAGUGCCACAUCGGACUCUCCGCUGCCAUGGAGGGCCCCAGAGAUGAGGCAUACAUGUCCUAAAGUCUGGACUUAUUAAAAGACACUGGUCGAGUUAUCACACCAAACUCUUGGUUACCCACAAAGCAAUAUUUCC